AUGCUGACUCAGCCGGACUCCAGACGGCGGCCUUGCCACCUCCAGGAUGCAGUGAUGCACGCCACCCACCCUGCCACCCACCUACUCGUUCACCCGCCCACCCACCCGGUCACAUGCCAGCCGCCAAAACAACCAGCCACCCUGGCGGCCACCCUGACGGCCACCCUGACGGCCACCUUGGCGGCCACCCUGGCGGCCACCCUGGCGGCCACCCUGGCGGCCACCCUGACGGCCACCCUGACGGCCACCCUGGCGGCCACCCUGACGGCCACCCUGGCGGCCACCCUGACGGCCACCCUGGCGGCCACCCUGACGGCCACCCUGGCGGCCACCCUGACGGCCACCCUGGAUACCACCCUGACGGCCACCCUGGCGGCCACCCUGACGGCCACCCUGGCGGCCACCCUGACGGCCACCCUGGCGGCCACCCUGACGGCCACCCUGGUUACCACCCUGACGGCCACCCUGGUUACCACCCUGACGGCCACCCUGGCGGCCACCCUGACGGCCACCCUGGCGGCCACCCUGACGGCCACCCUGGCGGCCACCCUGGCGGCCACCCUGGCGGCCACCCUGGCGGCCACCCUGGCGGCCUCCCUGGCGGCCUCCCUGGCGGCCACCCUGACGGCCACCCUGGCGGCCACCCUGACGGCCACCCUGGCGGCCACCCUGACGGCCACCCUGGCAGCCACCCUGACGGCCACCCUGGUUACCACCCUGACGGCCACCCUGGCGGCCACCCUGACGGCCACCCUGACGGCCACCCUGGUUACCACCCUGACGGCCACCCUGACGGCCACCCUGGCGGCCACCCUGGCGGCCACCCUGGUUACCACCCUGACGGCCACCCUGGCGGCCACCCUGACGGCCACCCUGGCGGCCACCCUGACGGCCACCCUGGCGGCCUCCCUGACGGCCACCCUGGUUACCACCCUGGCGGCCACCCUGACGGCCACCCUGACGGCCACCCUGACGGCCACCCUGGCGGCCACCCUGACGGCCACCCUGGUUACCACCCUGACGGCCACCCUGACGGCCACCCUGGUUACCACCCUGACGGCCACCCUGACGGCCACCCUGGUUACCACCCUGACGGCCACCCUGGCGGCCACCCUGACGGCCACCCUGGUUACCACCCUGACGGCCACCCUGGUUACCACCCUGACGGCCACCCUGGCGGCCUCCCUGACGGCCACCCUGGCGGCCACCCUGACAGCCACUCUGGCGGCCACCCUGGCGGCCACCCUGGCGGCCACCCUGACGGCCACCCUGGCAGCCACCCUGGUUACCACCCUGGCAGCCACCCUGGCGGCCACCCUGGUUACCACCCUGACGGCCACCCUGGCGGCCACCCUGACGGCCACCCUGGUUACCACCCUGACGGCCACCCUGGUUACCACCCUGACGGCCACCCUGACGGCCUCCCUGACGGCCACCCUGGCGGCCACCCUGACGGCCACCCUGACGGCCACCCUGGCGGCCACCCUGGCGGCCACCCUGACGGCCACCCUGGCGGCCACCCUGGCGGCCACCCUGGCGGCCUCCCUGACGGCCACCCUGGCGGCCACCCUGGCGGCCACCCUGGCGGCCACCCUGACGGCCACCCUGGCGGCCACCCUGGCGGCCACCCUGUGUUUGGAGAAACGAACCAGGGUGUCACCAAUACAAAACAAAGCAGCCUCCUAA